CUUUCUGAGCUGUACUGAUUUGCAGCCACCGAGCUGUAGCACCCGCCUCGGUCUUUCUGCACGCUUCUCGAUUACUUUUGGAUGUUCACUGACUCUACCUUGUCUCUAUUCUUGUCCUGGGAGAACUUCUGCCACUUUUGGCUCACAACUAUUAAUUACCCCAUCGCAACUAUCCCAGCUUGCGCAGGCUGUGUGCUCGUUCUCUCGGUGACCGCCGCCAUCUUUCUUUUCUUCCGAAUUCUUCGUUCAUUCCCACACACUUGCAACACCUUCGUUCCCACUCGACGAGUUCGCGAUGGUGUACGCAAAUGAAGUCGUCUUCUCCGACUCGCCUACUCCCCUACCAUCGCCCUCACCGCUCUCGCUACCUCAACCGGACUAUUUUGACGAUCUCGUCAUUGAUGACUACUUUCCUCAGUUUGUCCCAGAACGAUCGCCUGCAAUGUCCCCCAUCCUUCGGCCCACUCCGGGGCCAGACGCUGAGCAAGAUGGGACAUCAAGAUGCGAGGAGAUUGUCUUGGACUGUUUUCCGGACAUCUGCCCAGAUUAUCUCAAGAGCCAGGUUUCCAAACAUGAGGGCGACUCGCAAAGCCUCAUAACUGAGCUUUUGGACAAUUUGGAAAAUGGGCAGUCAUAUCCGAAGCGGUCAAACUCCCUCAAGAGAAAACGACGAGAAGACGAGGACGAGGACGAGGAAGAGAAAUUGCGCAAAAAGUUCGAGGGCGGAGAUCCGAGGCUUGCUAGUAAUGGCCCCGCAUAUGUCAGCCUUUAUCUCAAGACAGCAAAAUCCCUACUUAAAGCGUCUUUCCCUGAGCGAUACGUCGACGAUAUCGAAAGCGCGUUCAAGGCGAACAACCAGCAGCUAUAUACCACAUACCUCCUUCUCGACGAGGCAUCUUGGAACCCGGAGGCGAGACCUAUGAGAAUCAAGAGGGUCGUUUCCAGGCAACCUCAUCCAGAAGAAGCCUUACGUACCGGCAAUCAUGAGCCAGCAGAGCUUGACGCGCUAGAGGCGUUCGACGCAGCCCGUGCCAUCUGUGCCGCGAAGGCUCAGGCACGCAAGUCCAAAGAGGCAGAAGAGAGGCGAAAAACACAAGAAGAGGAGGAGAAUCUGCAGCGCGCCAGAGCCGAUGGAACCGUCGCAGAAUGCGGCUGUUGCUACGAUGAGCUGGCCUUGAACAGAAUGGUUCACUGUGACGGGGAAAACACCCAUUGGUUCUGCCGGCCUUGCGCCCGAAAGAUGGCCGAGCAUGCAAUCGGUCUCUCCAAGCAUCGCCUUGGCUGCAUGUCUGUGGAGGGAUGCGAUGGCACAUUCUCCAAGGACCAGAAGGAGCUGUUCUUGGAUGACAAGCUGACCACAGCCUUGGAGCUGAUUGAGCAAGAGGAGGUCCUGCGCUUGGCAGGCAUUGACGGGUUGGAACAUUGCCCGUUCUGCCGGUUCGCGGCCGAGUAUCCUUCUGUUGGGGAAAACAAAGAGUUCCGGUGCGAGAACCCAGAGUGCCGCCUGGUCAGUUGCCGCCUCUGUCGACGGCAGACGCAUAUACCCAAAACUUGCGAGGAAGCCGCCGAGGAGCGCGGUAUCUCGGCCCGCCGCAGGAUUGAAGAGGCCAUGUCUGCUGCGCUGAUCCGCAAGUGUAACAAGUGUGGCGCGGCCUUUAUCAAGGAGAACGGCUGCAACAAGAUGAGAUGCACACGCGCCGGGUGUGGGAAUGUACAGUGCUACGUCUGCUCAAAGUCGUGCGACUAUUCCCACUUUGACGAUCGGUCUCGAGGCGGGAAGAGAGGCAACUGCCCCUUGUUCGAUGACGUCGAGCAGCGGCAUCGAAACGAGGUCCGAGCAGCUGAGGAGUUGGCCCGAAAGCAAGUGGCUAGUGAGAAUCCCGACUUGAACGAGGACCUGUUAAAGGUCAACUUCUCAGAGCAAGCUGAAAAAGACGAUGAGCGGCGUAGAACCACAGUGAAUCCGGCUCCGCCCCCGUUCCCAUUCGUACAGCAUAAUCAACCAGCGGUCUUUGCGCCAUGGCAACCAUUUGCCCAAGUGCUCACCCCGCAGACAAAUCUUGCAGCACCCGCCGGACAAGCUCAAGCUCAACAACCUCGGACUCAACAAGGACCGGCAGCGCAAAUGGCCCAAGCCGGCGCUCUUCCCUUCUAUGUGCCAAACUUCGCGAAUCCCGUCGCACAACUAGGCAUGCUGGGCGUUCCUGUUGCGCCGGUUGCUACAAUGGCUCCAGCCAAUGGUGCUGUUCCCUUGGUGCCCAAUCCUGAGCAGAACGCUCGCCGAGCGCUUUCUGAGGGCCUGAAAGCCGCGUGGGAGGUUUACCGGAGAGUUACAGCUCAUACCAGCACCGCUGCCAACACUGGAGCCUCCGGAAAAUACGGUACUGGAAUACCCACCACAGGAGUUUCCCGCGCCCUCUUUGGUGGUCUCGCGUCCCCAAACGCCUCCGCUCAGGGUCCAGCUAGUCAGGCUAGGUACCUUGCUCAGCCCAUCAUCCAGCCCGAUCAGAACACUCAGGAACAGGGAAUUAUUCACAACGCUGCCGGGCCUCUGGCACAACAGUUUCCGUGGCCAUUUGGCGGGUUUGAUAUGGCUCAUGGGUUUCAGGGUGGGCACCCUCCACCGACGAGAGAUCAAGGUGGCGCUUAAUUACCGAGGCUGGCAUCCGUCCUCUCAGAAGCUUUACACAGGCAAGUGAAUGAACGGUUCGCCUAUUUCGCUAACCUACCUAUGACAGGGGGGGGGGUUCAACAUGAAUCUACAAGUUGCGGUGGAAUGUAGCGGUUAUAUGUACGCCUCGGGGGUUUCCAGGUCCCUA